CUUUCUAUAAAGACUCAUGGCUAUUAUCUGCAACCUUUAAUAUAAUCAAAUAAAUAUCCUCUUAUUUACAUAUAUAUUUAUUUGAUAUUUACAGAAGUUUUGGUCAGCGUUGAGCUAAUCAAUUUCUGCUUUUUGGUAUUAAAAUCUAGUAAGACGAUUUUUAUAUUAUGAUCAUUUUACAAUAGAAAUCUAAGAGGAAUACUAACUCUUUUAUAAAUUAUUUCAAUAAACUCAAUUGAUAAUGAAUUGUUCAAAUACAUUUUAACCAAAUUAUAUAAUAUAACAUGUGAAAAAAUAUUCAUUAAAAACUUUUUUUGCUACAUACGCAGUUGAAAUGAACUCUCGUCCUCAAAGACAUUCUUAUUUUUGCGAAUAAUACAUUUAUUGAAUGUGAUGGAAUGAUUAAACUGCAUAUACAGUGACUGAGAUAUUGGUCAAUGUUCGAUUAUAAUAUAUUUAAAUAACUAAUAAGUGUUUUAUUAAAUAGUAAAACAAUAUAAAAAUAAAAUAAUUAGUGUUCUUGUUUUUAUUUCUUAAGAUCAAAGAAAAAAAAAUGUCUUUAUAAGGAAAAAGCGAUUUAACAAAAAAAAUAAUGUUCCUUUUAAAUUGUAAUAUGGCAGGGUGCCUCCAUUUACAUUCACAUGAUGAUCUAGAAACAAACAAAUAAAGAAAAUAAUUUCGAGAACAAAAUGCGCUUACAUUCUAACUGUUUUAAUUCAGUUUCAAUAGCAUUAAGUCUUAUUGCCACCAGGGACGGCGCGACCGGGGGGGGGGGGGGAUAGGGGGAUUACCCCCCUCCUGCUUUCGAGAAUUACAAUGGAGCUUUCUCCGAUUUUCUCGAUUUCCGGAGAAACCCUCCCCCUGCUUUCUCCGCUUCGCGCCUUCCCUGAUUGCCACGUUAACGACAUUGUUCAAUAAUGCUGACUAUUGGAUGGGGUCGUCAACAGUCGAGCAAUUAAACAGCUGUGUAUGUGCUUCAUUCAAUUGUUGACGUAAGUUGUUUUCUUCAUGUUUUACUUCUAGCAGCUAUAAACAUUAAAAAAAAAUAUGUUUAUAUAACUAAUAUUGAGCGGUUAUAUAAAAAAGAAUUUCGAUGAUUUCAUCCGUAAGAGACACUUAAAGUCACGUGACUAACUAUUUUCCUGAAAUGGAUACAAACUAACCUUUUCUAAGAAUGGAUCGAUGGCCAUCAAUAACGCUUUUCUUUAUUUUUAUUCUAAUGACUUACAUUCCCCUCGUUCUCUUUAUAUAGUGUCAAUUCUGUUUUUUAUUCAUAUGCAGUCAUUUAUUUUCAUUAAUCAAUGCCCAAUAAGAUAAUAUAUCGGUCAUCGCCAGCAAAGAAAAAAAUUCAUACUCCCAAUAUUUCGUCAAACAUGUCCGCCUUUUCUUGAAAAAUCGUCGAUUGAAGAAUACAAAUGAGGAAAACAUGACAUUUUUUUCAAUAUAUCAAAACUGUACGCUUCAGUAAAUGAAAUACAGAUUAAAAUAUUAACCAAAAUUUCUAAAAACAUAUCAACAAUUAUAAGAAUAACACUAUCAAUAAUAACUUCAGUCAUACCGAAAAUAAUAAUAAUCACGACGACAGAACUUAUAAUACUAAAUAUACCAAGAAUAUAUAUACCAAAAAGUUUCUACCGAUGAAAUAAUACCAAUACUUAUGCCUUUAACUAUUUUGAUCACUAUACUGAUCAGUGUAACAAUAAAAGUUCUUCCAACAAUACGAAAGAUAGUAACAAUGACUGAACGUUUGACCUUAAAUAAAAUGAUUUAAUGUAUAUCGAGAAAACUAAAAUGCAUUAUUUCUCUUUUUUUUUAUCUCUUCACGUGCACGUGGCACGGUUUAUGCAACCAUUUCCAAUUCUUCGACUGUCUCCUAUUUCAAAAUGAAACCUCGAUCGCUACAUAAUGUCACAACCAAAUAGAAUAUACAGAAUAUCGAGAGUGUGAGGUUGUGAGUGUAGCACAAGGGGGAAACGGCGGACUUUUGGACUUGAAGUUACUUUGAGCUACUUGAAGUAGCUUACUUUGAAGUAUUUUUCAACUUCAAAUUUACCUGAAGUUACUUGAAGUUACUUUAAGCUACUUGUUCCUACUUUGGGCUACUUGUGUGGUACUUUGAGCUACUUCAAGUAGUCUACUUUGACGUACUUUUCUACUUCAAGUCCGCCGUUUCCCCCUUGGUGUAGCAUCAGAAGGUUCACAGUCACGAUUAUUUCUCCUGAUUUAUCGAAUUAAAAUAGCCAAAAAAGUUCUCUAUUUAGUCAAAUCGAUCAAGAAAAAAACCGAAAUUUAUUCGUUCAACGAUCAGAUCAUCAUUCAAGUAAUUUAAUUAAAGGAAAAUUCUUUUAAUUCGAUUUCUACGAUAAAUAAUAACUUAUUAAAUUCAGAUUCUGAUUUUGAAAAAUAUUAUCAAAAUGGAAGAAUAGCAAUAAAAUUAUGUCUAACAAUAAAAUUUCCAAAAACUUCAACACUUUUUAAUCGUUCACGUUCUUAUCGUUCUCGUUCUCAUAAUAAUAAUUCUAAUAAUGAUCAAAAUCGAAUUUCUCAAAAAGAAAAAACUUGAAAAGGAAUUCGUUCAAGAUUAAUUCAUAGGAGAAUUUACAUUACCAACAAACCCUCCAAUAACAGUAACUAUUGAACCACAAUCAAAUAUAAAUGAAAAUUUAUCGAAAGAUAAUUGUUUUCAUGAUGAUCAUAUUUAUUCACCUGAACAUAUUAUAAAUCCAUAUCAACAAAGAUCAACAAAUGAUUCUUCAUUAAAAAGUCCAACAACAAUUGUUUCAUAUUUUAUAGAUCUUUUAAAACCAAAUGUAUUAAGAAAUGAUUAUAUUGAUGAAAUAAUUCUUGAACCACGUUUAAUAGCAAUUCAUUAUAUAAAAACUUGGUUUAUUCUUGAUUUUCUUAGUUCAUUUCCAGUCGAUUAUUUUUUUUUAUUAUUUGAUGCGGGAGAAAAUUCAGGAGGAUAUUCAAUAGCACGUACAGGUCGAGCUAUUAAAUUUUUAUCAAUAGCAAGUAUGGUUAUGCGUAUUCUUAAUUUACUAGCAUUAAUUAUAUUAUUGGCACAUUGGAAUGGAUGUUUACAAUUUAUGAUUCCAAUGUUUCAAAAUUUUCCAUCUGAUUGUUGGGUUGCACUCAAUGCUCUUCAAAAUGCUCCAUGGACAGAACAAUAUACAGUUGUCCUAUUUAAAGCUCUUUCACAUAUGCUUUGUAUUGAUUAUGGUCGUUAUUCUCCUCAAAGUUAUGUUGAUAUGUGGUUAACAAUGCUUUCUAUGGUUAUUGGAGCAAUAUGUUAUGCUGUUACAAUUGGACAUGUAUCAGCACUUGUUCAAAGUUUUGAUACAUCACGACGUUUAUAUAAUGAAAAAUUUAAACAAGUUGAAGAAUAUAUGGCAUGGAGAAAAUUACCUCGAGAAAUGCGUAAUAGAAUAAGUGAUUAUUAUGAACAUCGUUAUCAAGGAAAAAUCUUUGAUGAAGAUACCAUUUUAAAUGAACUUUCAGAAAAAUUACGAUUGGAUAUUAUUAACUAUAAUUGUCGAUCUCUUGUUUCAUCAGUUCCAUUUUUUGCAAAUGUUGAUCCAAAUUUUGUUUCUGAUGUUAUUACGAAAUUACGUUUUGAAGUAUUUCAACCCGGUGAUCAAAUAAUUCAUGAAGGAACUAUUGGAGAUAAAAUGUAUUUUAUCCAAGAAGGAGUUGUAGAUAUAAUUAAAUCAGAUGGACAAGUUUUAAUAACUUUAUCUGAUGGAUUUUAUUUUGAAGAAAUAUGUUUAUUAACACGAGCUAAACGUGUAGCAGGUGUUCGUUGUGUAACAUAUUGUAAUUUAUAUUCAUUAGAUUCAAGUCAAUUUGAAACAGUUCUCGAAUCGUAUCCAUUAAUGAGAAGAACAAUGGAAUCAGUUGCUGCUGAAAGACUUAAUAAAUUAGGAAAAAAUCCUUCAAUUAUAUCAACACGACAUGAUUUAAAACGUGAUGCAGCUGUAUUAAAAGAUAUGAUAAAUCGUGUAACACUUCAACCAUCAAGUGAUGAAUCUGAUGAAGAAGAAGAUCAUAAAUCGUUAUCAUCAUCAUAUAAAAGAAAACAAAGUCAUUUUAAAUCUUCAUUAACAUAUAUUCAUGAUCAAUUGAAUAAAUCAAAUGAUUGUUUACAAAAUUUAAAUAAAAGACGAAUAAAAACAAAAAGUUCAUUAGGAAAUAAAAAAUAUUCUCAUAGUUAUUUAGCCACACCACCAUCAACAUUAAAUUCAACAAGAGAUGAAUAUCAAAAUGAAAUUCGUAAAUUUGCAACAACUCCUUUAUCUAUUUUUCGAAAAACUCCUUCAUCAACCACUUUUUUUUCUAAUCAACCUUGUUAA